AUGCUGACAUCCUCAUCCUACGAUUACCACUGCCACUCCAACCUCGUCCGUUCCAUCUUGCCAUAUGGACUGACAGAAUUCGACGUUCACGACGUACUCAACGUAUUCCAAGUCACAGGUCUAGAUUCGCAAGGCCGCUACUUCAUGGAAGCUAGUCCUGCGACCAAGGAUAGCUUUCUUACCUUCUUCGCCGAGUUGGACUUGUUAUGUGCGCUGAGUACAUGCCCAGGUGGUGACCUAAGCCGGUGGGGCUGGACGCAGGCGGAAGAGGGAAAAGAGAAGAAAGAGGGAGAUGAUGAUGAGGGGAUGAAGAGUACGUGCCGACCUAUUCGGGUAGAGGUUUAUGAGAUCAAGGAGGAAGUCAAAGGGGAGGUGUUGAAGGGGUGGAAGAAGCCGGAGAAGAGUGGAUAUAGGGGAAUGCAUGGGAUGCGUAUUCCUGAGGGCGAGGCCUAG